AUGUCUAAAUUUCUCAUAAACUGCAGUGACUGUGAGGUACAGGUUGUCAACGAAAGUGAUCUAGCAAGCCAUUCGUCAUCUAAAGCAAAGACCAUUGGGAUGGCUACUGCAUUGGUCUUCAUCACUAUUGCAGAUCUCAUAGGAAACAGCUUGGUUAUUUUAUCAGUCCUGAGAAACAAAAAGCUAAGAAACACAGGUAAUAUAUUUGUAAUCAACUUGUCAUUUACUGACUUGUUGACUGUAUUCUAUUCAUAUCCUUUAAUUAUCAUGGCAAUUAUUAAAAAUGACUGGACAGUGGGUGACAUACACUGUCAGAUCACUGGCUACAUCCUAGUUUUUAGCUUGCUGGCCUCUGUCUACAACAUCAUGGCAAUUGCAAUCAAUCGUUAUUUCUACAUAUGCCAUAGCACAAAAUAUGACAAACUCUACAGCACAUGGAACACUGUCUUCUGGCUUUGCUUUGUGUGGGCUAUGGCUGUCAUUGCGUUGCUUCCAAUUGCCACAGUUGGUGCCUUGCGCUAUGAAGAACAGAUAUACACGUGUGAAUUUAUACAGACUAUUAAUUUAGCCAGCGCUAUCACAGUAGCUGUCCUUCACUAUAUAAUACCUAUGACUAUCAUAAUUUUCUGCUAUGUGAGGAUCUGGACUCUGGUCAUCAAAGUUAAGUAUCGGGUCAGGAAAGAUGGGAAGCAAAAGCUGAAACCAGCUGAAAUCAAGAGUUUUCUGACCAUGUUCAUAGUCUUUGUGCUGUUUGCAAUUUGCUGGAGCCCCUUCCACAUAAGCAGUCUGGUCAUGGGAUUAAGCCCUCCAGGGAAGGCUCCCAGAAUUAUAAGUUGGCUUUAUGUCACAAGUUACUUCAUGAUGUUUUUUAACAGCUGCUUAAAUGGUAUAAUCUAUGGCCUUUUCAACCAGAACUUCAGAGAAGAGUUCAAAAACAUUCUUUUGCUCCUCUGGCUUCCAGGAAUUUUCUGCAAAGAGACCUCAAGAAGAAGAACAAACAGUGAAAAAACUUCCUCUCUCUCCCAAAUGAUCAGUGUGACAAGUCAUAUUAGAAAAUCUAUAGGUUAA